AUGGGUCUGUUCAACAAGAAAUCUAAGGACACGGCUAAUAACGCCAACAAGAAGAACUCGAUUCCAUGUGAUCGUGCAUUUGUGACACCCCCGGAAAGAUAUGGUCGUGGGAACCCUCCUAGAAAGCUACUAGGAUCCACUUGGGAAGCUUAUAAAGCCAUAUUAAGGCACUUUCAGAAUGAAAAUUUGCAAAUACCUGUAAAUACUUCGAGCAAGAAACUAUUACCACUGGUGUCUGAGGAAAAAUUCUGGUUAACGAGAGAAUGCAUGUUGAGAUAUCUGAAAGGUAAUAAAGGAAAUGUUCAAGUGUCCAUUCAAAAGCUCGAAGAGAGUUUAGUGUGGAGAAGAGAAGUAGGGCUGACACUAUUAAGUAAAGAUGCGAAACCAUUAGACGCGGAUUUAGUGGCACCUGAAAACGAAACUGGUAAAGAAGUCAUACUGGGGUUUGAUCAAGAGAGAAGGCCAUUGUUGUACAUGAAGAAUGGACGUCAGAACACUGAAGCUUCUUUUAGACAAGUUCAACAACUGAUCUACAUGAUGGAGGCAGCUACCACGUUUUGUCCCCAAGGUGUGGACUCUUUAACGGUUUUAAUCGAUUUCAAGCAUUAUAAAGAACCUGGCAUCAUAUCUGAUAAGAUGCCACCGAUGUCUAUUUCGAAGUUGUCAUUAAAUGUUAUGCAAAAUCACUAUCCAGAAAGGCUUGGUAAAGGUAUCUUAGUUAAUAUUCCCUGGUUUGCAUGGGCCUUUCUCAAAAUGAUGUAUCCAUUUUUAGAUCCAGAAACUAGGCAAAAGGCAAUAUUUGAUGAGCCCUUUGAAAAGUACAUCGAGCCUUCUCAAUUGGAUGCGCUCUACAAUGGUGAAUUGAAUUUCCACUACAAGCAUGAGAUAUACUGGCCGGAUUUAACGACAAAAGUUAACAAGCUAAAGGAAUCGCAGUAUUCAAGAUUUCUAAAAUUUGGAGGUACUGUGGGAAUCAGUGAGUUCGAUUUGAAAGGUGAUCACGAUGAACUAAUAUGCCCUGUAGAAUCCCAAGGAGUGAUAUAG